AUGAUCAACACCACCACGGUGAUGGAAUUCCUCCUGCUAGGAUUCUCGGAAAUCCGGGGGCAGCAGCUGGUGCAGGCCCCGCUAAGCUGCAUGGCCCAGGUCUCUUUGGUGGUUCUGUUUGGUGAUUCAGAGCUGUCCGUACUCACGGCGAUAUUCUAUGAGGGCUACACCACCAUCUGCCACCCCACCAUCUGCCACCCCCAGCGCUACGACGUAGUCAUGAACAGAGAGGCCUGUGGAAAAAUGGCCGCCGUCUCCUGGCUCAGCGGGGAGCUUCUCGGGGUGAUAUCUCCGGAAAGACACGUUGUCGUUGAUGUCAACAUGACCAUGGGUAUCGCCUUUGGUUUCUUCUCCUUCGUCUCCAUCGUCAUAUCCUACAUCCACAUCUUCUCGGCCGUGCUGAGAGCUGUCCCUCCUCACGACGAGGUGGCGGCAUAUGACCACUAUGCCGCCACCUGCCACCCCGUACACUACGAACUCAUCAUGGACCGAGAUGCCAGUGGGAAGAAGCGUGGCUAUGGAUAUCGACUUCAGUUUCAUCUGCUUCGUCUCCAUCUCCGUCUCUUACAUCUCAUCUUCUCAACCGUGCUGAGGUUCACGUCCACUGAAACUAGGGCCAAAGCCUUCUCCACCUGUGUGCUCCACCUCGCCAUCAUCACGCUUUUUCUUUCGACCGGAGCCUUGGCUUACCUCAAGCCUGUAUCAGACUCCCCCUCGGCGCUGGACCUGGUGGUUUCCGUGUUCUACUCUGUGGUACCCCCAGACCUGAACCCCCUCAUCUGCAGCCUGAGGAACAGAGACCUGAAGGCCACUCUGAGGAGGUUGUUGGGUGUGACAGCAUGA